AUGAACAAACGGGACUGUAUGAAGACUUCGGUGCAGGAGCCCCCCCUUGACUACUCCUUCAAAAGUAUCCAUGUCAUCCAAGACCUGGUAAGUGAGGAGCCAAGGGCAGGGCUCCGACCACUGAGGCACUCCAAGUCGGGGAAGUCACUAACUCAGUCCCUGUGGCUGAACAACAAUGUCCUCAACGACCUGAAAGACUUUAACCCGGUGGUCUCACAGCUGCUGGAGCACCCAGAGAACUUGGCCUGGAUUGACCUGUCCUUCAAUGACCUCACUUCCAUUGACCCUGUCCUGACAACCUUCUUCAACUUGAGUGUUCUCUAUCUCCAUGGCAACAGCAUCCAACGCCUUGGUGAGGUAGAUAAGCUAGCUGUUCUCCCUAAGCUUCGAAGCCUGACACUCCAUGGUAAUCCCAUGGAAGAACAGAAGGGAUACAGAAGGGGAUGGACUCCACCUCCUAUCCUGUGCUCUGUCUGGUCUUCACCGAGCAGGAGCCUUCUGCCCAGGGCCAAGGUGGGGACCAUGUCCCCUGCUAUUGCACUGGCCUUCUUGCCACUAAUAGUGACACUGCUAGUGCGGUACCGGCACCACUUCCGGCUGCUGGUGCGCACAGUCUUGCUGAGAAGCCUCCGAGACUGCCUGUCAGGGCUACGCAUCGAGGAGCGGGCCUUCAGCUAUGUGCUUACCCAUGCUCUGCCUGGGGACCUUGGUCACAUCGUCACCACCCUGGACCACUGGAGCAGAUGCUGUGAAUACCUAGGCCACAUGGGGCCUGUUAAAGGCCAGAUCCUGACACGAUUGGUGGAGGAGAAGGCUCCUGUCUGUGUGCUGGAACUGGGCACCUACUGCGGAUACUCCACACUACUUAUUGCCCAUGCCCUACCCCCUGGUGGCCGCCUUCUCACUGUGGAGCGGGACCCACGCACGGCAGCAGUGGCUGAAAAACUCAUCCGCCUGGCUGGCUUCGAUGAGCGUAUGGUGGAGCUCAUCGUGGGUAGCUCAGAGGAAGUGAUCCAACUCCUACGAACCCAGUAUGGGCUGAGCCGGGCAGAGCUGGUGCUCCUGGCACACCGGCCCCGAUAUUACCUGCGGGACCUGCAGCUCCUGGAAGCUCAUGCCCUGCUGUCAGCUGGUGCUACUGUGUUGGCUGACCAUGUGCUCUUCCCUGGUGCACCCCGCUUCCUACAGUAUGCCAAGAGCUGUGGCCACUACCGUUGCCGCCUCCAUCACACUAGCCUCCCAGACUUCCCUGCCAUCAAGGAUGGCAUAGCCCAGCUCACCUACACUGGACCUGGCUGA